AUGGAUUCCCAGGAGAUCAAAGAGCUGCAGCAAGAAGUGAUGGAGGAGCUGGGAAUCUCCAUGGAGGAGCUCCAGGAUAUCAUCGACAAAGAGCUGGAGAAGUUUGAGUGCGUGAAACAGAGGAAGCAGCAGCUGGAGGAGCUGGAGAAGUGCGUGAAACAGAAGGAAGAAGAAGUGGCUCGCGUUGACCGGCUCUUUGACGACGCUUCAAGAGCCAUUGAUAAAUGUGAGAUAUUGGUGAAGGAUCUGUACUCCAAGCUGGGCCUCCAGUACCGUGAGAGCAGUUCUGAGGAUGAGGACUUGGCUGCCAAGGCCACGGAAGUGAUUGAGAUCCCAGAUGAGGACGACGAUGAUGUCAUGAGUAUCGAUUCGGGCUGGAAGCACAGUUCAAUGCGGGAAGCCAUGGCUGCAAUGAGAAAGUCUGCCCAGGAUGUUCAGAAAUUUAUGGAUGCUGUGAACAAGAAAACGAAUGCCCAGGAUGCACAAAAAGGUCAGUUUGGGAGUGAUCUCAGCAAUGAUGGUGAUCUGAACGUCGGCAUGAGGAUCCUGGGCAAGAAGAGAACCAAAACAUGGCACAAAGGAACUCUGAUUGCAAUCCAGACAGUCGGUGCUGGAAAGAAGUACAAAGUGAAAUUUGAUAAUAAAGGGAAGAGUUUGCUUUCUGGCAAUCACAUCGCUUAUGACUAUCACCCCUCGCCUGAGAAACACUACGUUGGCAGCAGGGUUGUGGCAAAAUACAAAGAUGGGAAUCAGGUUUGGCUGUACGCUGGCAUUGUGGCUGAAACCCCGAACGUAAAGAAUAAAGACAGGUUCUUGAUCUUCUUUGAUGAUGGCUAUGCUUCCUAUGUCAAGGAGUGGGAGCUGUACCCAAUCUGCAGGCCACUGAAAAAGACCUGGGAAGACAUAGAGGAUGUUUCCUGCCGCGAUUUCAUUGAGGAGUACAUCACAGCCUACCCCAACCGUCCCAUGGUGCUGCUGAAGAAUGGCCAACUGAUCAAAACGGAGUGGGAAGGGACCUGGUGGAAAUCCAGAGUGGAAGAAGUGGAUGGCAGUCUGGUCAAAAUCCUUUUCCUGGAUGACAAACGUUGUGAGUGGAUUUACCGGGGUUCCACACGCCUCGAGCCCAUGUUCAGCAUGAAAACUUCCACAGCCUCCACCCAAGAAAAGAAGCAAAGUGGACAAGCAAGGACUCGUCCCAAUGUUGGUGCUGUCAGGAGCAAAGGGCCUGUAGUACAAUAUACGCAAGAUUUAACGGGAGCCGGUACCCAGUACAAACCUUUAGAGCAAAUGCAGGCAGCCUCGCUGGCUGCACCACCCUUUCCCCCAGCACCCCCUGAGCCAAAUGCCAUAUGCUCCGACAGUCAGCUGGCCCAGUCGAGAAAGCAAGUGGCCAAGAAAAGCACUUCCUUCCGUCCUGGCUCCGUGGGCUCGGGGCAGUCGUCACCUUCUUCGCCCGUCCUAAGUGAUACAUCUCCGGCGGGAAGGACCGGUGCGGCCCAGCAGCAUCGGCUCUGCAGUGGCCAGGCAGGCAGUGGCACAGCCCAGGCCUUCCACGGCAUGAUGGACCGCGUGCCCAACGAGCCCUCUUACCGAGCCCCGCUGGAGAAACUCUUCUACCUGCCGCACGUCUGCAGCUACACCUGCCUGUCCCGCGUCCGUCCCAUCCGCAGCGAUCAGUACCGCAGCAAGAACCCCCUGCUCAUCCCGCUGCUCUACGACUUCCGACGGAUGACGGCCCGCCGGCGGGUUAACCGCAAGAUGGGCUUCCACGUCCUCUACAAGACGCCGUGCGGGCUGUGCCUGCGCACCAUGCAGGAGAUCGAGCGCUACCUUUUCGAGACAGACUGCGACUUUCUUUUCCUGGAGAUGUUCUGCCUGGACCCGUACGUGCUGGUGGAUCGCAAGUUCCAGCCCUACAAACCCUACUACUACAUCGCAGACAUUACCAAGGGCAAGGAGGACGUGCCGCUGUCCUGUGUCAAUGAGAUCGAUAACACCCCGCCUCCGCAGGUGGCCUACAGCAAAGAACGCAUCCCCGGCAAAGGGGUUUACAUCAACACCAGCUGGGAAUUCCUCGUGGGCUGCGACUGCAAAGACGGCUGCAGAGACAAAUCGAAAUGUGCCUGUCACCAGCUGACGGUCCAAGCGACGGGCUGCACCCCGGGUGGGCAGAUCAACCCCAACUCAGGAUACCAGCACAAAAGGCUGGAAGAAUGCCUCCCGACAGGAGUUUACGAGUGUAACAAGAGGUGCAAGUGCAACAUUAACAUGUGCACCAAUCGCUUGGUGCAACACGGGCUCCAAGUCCGACUGCAGUUAUUCAAGACGCAGAACAAAGGCUGGGGCAUUCGCUGCCUUGAUGAUAUUGCUAAAGGCUCUUUUGUCUGCAUCUACGCAGGGAAAAUCCUCACGGAUGACUUUGCCGACAAAGAGGGGUUAGAGAUGGGUGACGAAUAUUUUGCAAACCUGGAUCACAUCGAGAGCGUGGAGAACUUCAAGGAGGGCUACGAGAGUGACGCAAAAUGCUCUUCUGACAGCAGCGGGGUGGACCUCAAGGAUGAAGAGGAGGAAAACACAGGCACUGAGGAGCAGGAGGAGUCCAACGAGGACAGCUCUGACGACAACUUCUGCAAGGACGAGGACUUCAGCACCAGCUCGGUAUGGCGCAGCUAUGCCACGCGACGGCAGACCCGGGGCCAGAAGGAGAACGGGCUGUCAGAGACGGCCUCCAAGGACUCAGGGCUCACCCGGCAAAUCAGCCACGAUGAGACGGCGGUGGCUGCCUCCUGCAAGCUGCCGGUGUCGGAGGAGACCUCGAAGAACAAAGUGGCCUCGUGGCUGAGCUCCAACAGCAUGUCUGACGGCUUCCAGGACAAUGACAGCACCUCCUCCUUCAAGAUGAGCGAAGGUGGCGAAGCCAAGGCCAACAAAACAGAGCCUCCUGGUGAAAGAGAGAAAGCCUGUGCUUCUGCCCCGGGCGACCUGGACGGAGAGUCAAAGGCAUCAAAGAAAGAUGAACCUGAAGAUCCAACCAAAAUUCCUGGGUUAAGCGACUUGGGAAGGAUGUAUGGCUACAACCCGAGCCCUCCCAAACUGGAAGGGAUCCGGAGGCCGACGAGCAAGACCGCCCUGCUGCAGAGCAGACGGCAUUCUCUUGCCACGCAGCCCGCCACGGAUGACGUGCUGACCCUGUCGAGCAGCACAGACAGCGAGGGGGAGAACGGGCAGACGGCGGCGGGGCAGGCCCAGGGCACCACCAACGACAGCGAUGACAUCCAGACCAUUUCCUCGGGCUCCGAGGAGGAGGAAGGGGACGACAAGAAAAAUCCCUCGUCUGGGUCAGGUCCUGUGAAGAGGCAGGUGGCGGUGAAAUCCACCCGAGGUUUUGCCCUGAAAUCAACUCACGGCAUCGCCAUCAAGUCGACCAACAUGGCAGCGGCCGACAAAGGCGAGAGCGCGCCCGUCCGCAGAACCACCCGCCAGUUCUACGACGGAGAGGAAUCCUGUUAUAUCAUCGAUGCCAAGCUGGAAGGGAACCUGGGUCGCUACCUCAACCAUAGCUGCAGUCCUAACCUCUUCGUGCAGAACGUUUUUGUGGACACGCACGACCUCCGCUUCCCCUGGGUCGCCUUCUUCGCCAGCAAGAGGAUCCGAGCCGGCACAGAGCUGACGUGGGAUUACAACUACGAGGUGGGCAGCGUGGAAGGCAAGGAGCUGCUGUGCUGCUGCGGGGCUAUUGAGUGCCGAGGGCGGCUGCUGUGA